AACAGGCUCGGGCAGUCGGUCGGUAGGGCCAGUCCUUUGUGUAUGCGCGCGCGAGCCACAGAGGUGUACACACAGAAGUCGGCCACCGAGGUUUGUCGGGCACAGUGUUGACGGUCGAGUGUGACACGAGCGAGUCGGACAGCAGGGGAGCCGAUCUGGGCCUGGAGUGGCCUCGCGGAUGCUGACAGUGGGUUCGCGGGGCACCGGGGGGCCGCUGGGCUCGGCGCCGAGGGGCCCAUGCGUGUUUUGCUGUGAGAGAGGCGCGCACUACUCGCCCGCUGGUCCAAUUGCCCCUGCCGAAUAGGCCACCGACGAUGGACGGCGGCGUCCGAGCAGGUCGCGCUCGCCACUGACCAGCGCAGCUCGUCGGGACACGCACGACCCCCGGGGGCAGCGGCGGGGACAGCCGUAAGAGGCAAUUUCGAGCGAGAAACAGCAGCAACAGAGGCAAGAUGGCGGACCUGGAGGCUGUCCUCGCAGACGUGAGCUACUUGAUGGCCAUGGAGAAGAGCAAGUGCACUCCGGCGGCGCGGGCCAGCAAGAAGAUCAUCCUACCCGACCCGAGUGUUCGAAGCGUCAUGCACAAGUACCUGGAGAAGAAGGGCGAAGUCAACUUUGAUAAAAUAUUCAAUCAGGUUUUAGGCUACCUGUUGUUUAAAGACAUGUGUGAAAACUCAGAAGAACCCAUACCUCAACUUAAGUUCUAUGAAGAGAUAAAGAAAUAUGAAAAAUUGGACGCCGUGGAGGACAGACGGCGUGUUGCGAGGGAGAUCUACGACAAUUUCAUAAUGAAAGAACUGCUGGCGCACUCGCACGAUUAUUCAAAAGAGACUGUAGCACAGGUUCAAAAACAACUAAUGAAGAAUGAAGUGCCAGUUAAUUUAUUUGAGCCUUACGUGGAAGAGAUUUUUAACCAUUUAAGGGGGGAACCGUUCAGAAGAUUUUUAGAAAGUGACAAAUAUACUCGCUUUUGCCAAUGGAAAAACUUAGAGUUAAAUAUCCAGUUGACAAUGAACGACUUCAGUGUUCACCGCAUUAUCGGUCGAGGUGGUUUCGGAGAAGUGUACGGAUGCCGGAAGGCGGACACCGGCAAAAUGUAUGCCAUGAAGUGCCUCGACAAAAAGCGAAUAAAAAUGAAGCAGGGCGAGACUCUCGCGCUCAACGAGAGGAUAAUGCUGUCCCUUGUCAGUACAGGGCAAGUGGACUGCCCCUUUAUUGUGUGCAUGACCUAUGCAUUCCACACACCAGACAAACUCUGUUUUAUCCUGGACCUGAUGAACGGUGGUGACCUUCAUUAUCACUUGUCCCAGCACGGUGUUUUCAACGAGACUGAAAUGAAGUUCUAUGCUGCGGAAGUCAUCCUAGGUUUGGAGCACAUGCACAAAAGGUACAUAGUGUACAGAGACUUAAAGCCAGCAAACAUUUUGCUCGACGAGCACGGACACGUCAGAAUAUCUGACCUGGGCCUUGCGUGUGACUUUUCUAAAAAGAAGCCACACGCCAGCGUGGGAACACAUGGCUACAUGGCGCCAGAAGUGCUCUCCAAAGGAACUCCUUACGACUCAAGCGCAGACUGGUUUUCCUUUGGCUGCAUGCUCUACAAGCUGCUCAAGGGGCACAGUCCCUUCAGACAACACAAAACCAAGGACAAGCAUGAAAUCGAUAGAAUGACCCUGACAAUGAAUGUGGAGUUACCAGAUUCUUUCUCAAAAAGCCUGCGAAACCUGCUGGAAGGCCUCCUUCAAAGGGACAUUGAUCAGAGGCUGGGCUGCAAAGGCAGAGGGGCUGAUGAAGUCAAGGAGCACCCCUUCUUCGCGGGCAUCGACUGGCAACAAGUGUACCUGCAGAAGUACACCCCUCCUUUGAUACCCCCGCGGGGAGAAGUGAAUGCAGCUGACGCUUUCGACAUUGGCUCCUUUGACGAGGAAGAUACCAAGGGAAUCAAGCUGACCGAGGCAGACCAGGAUCUGUACAAAAACUUCUCACUGGUGAUCUCCGAGCGCUGGCAAAACGAAGUGGCCGAGACUGUUUUCGAAACAAUCAACAAUGAGGCUGACAAAGUGGAGCAAAAGAAGCGAGCCAAGCAGAAGCAAAAGUUUGACGCUGAUGAGAAAGAGUCUGACUGCAUUUUGCACGGCUACAUAAAAAAACUGGGCGGCCCAUUUGCUUCUGCCUGGCAGACGCGCUACGCCAAGUUGUACCCGAACCGCCUGGAACUGCACCCUGAAUCAGGAAGCACCAAGCCUGAACUUAUUUUCCUGGAUCAGGUGGAGGAAGUCUCGCCUGAUCUUACCUCAGUCAAAGGGGAGCAGAGCAUUGUUUUGAAGACUAGAGACGCGAAAAUCGUGCUCACCAACACUGAUGAAAUUGGCCUGAAGGAGUGGGCGCAAUCGUUGCGGGUAGCGCACAAGACGUCGCAUGAGCUGCUGACGUCAAUGGCGAAGAAGGCGGGCAAAAUCUACGGAACUGACCCUUCGACUCCUCCUGCCUCCUCGAGCAACCACAAGCCCAGCCCCUGUACGGCCCGCAACACAAACGGCAAUUAGGUUGACGCAGUAAAUUUGCUAGGGAACUCGGUUGUGCUGACUUCAAACGGUAUGAACAAGUUGUCAAGGUUAGCAAUAAUUUUUUAUCGUUUUUCUAAACUGAAAAAUUGCCACCAAUUGGGUUUCGAAUGAUUGGGACGAUUGAAGUUCGCAUGGUCACUGCGUGACCCAGCUAAAAUCAAAAAUUGUGGAUGCCCUCUAGAGGCGUCCACCAGCCAUCUAACGACAGUUGGUUGGCGUUGAAACCGUGGAAUCCGUUUUUGCUGCCGCCAGAAACAGAUUUUGCUCGUCGGCUGAUGAUGACACCGACGAUUUAUUGCAGUAGGCUCUCAAUCAUGCAUUUUUACUUGAACCAAAGGCUGUGAGAUUAAGUAUUGGCAAGUUUUGUUUGCAGCAAGACUACUGUUUUUAUUUUUCUCCUAAUUGGACACAUCUUGUGUUAUGUCUUCGGCACAAUUUAUUGAAUAAGCACCUGCAAGUGUGACGCACAAAUUACGAUAACAAAUGCUAGUAUUUAUUUAGUUUGUCGUAUUAUUUUGUGUUUGAAACAAUCAUGACGACCCCUUUUUUAUUCAAUUAGAUCGUUACGUCUUAAGAUUAUUUUCGUUCAGGCAAAGAAUGGACUUGACUAAAGUUUGAAUAUUCGUCAUAGCCCAUAGCCUGUCCGACGCUGCAAAAUCUGUGAUGGGCGGCAGGGGGCGAAUUGUGGUUUCGGGGAUGAAAACCCACAAACAUGUCAAAAAUCAAAAGCUCGUACACUUUGUUUGAUGAAUCGUCAGCACCUAAGGAAUGUUCCCUGGCACAGUGAAAGAGCGAAAAACGCAGAGGGACUCGCUUGUUGAACUGCGUGUUCUGUCUUAAUACGAAAAAAAAAUGCUUCGCGCGAGUGAGUGCAUCCGACACGGGGAGGAAAAGCAAAAGCGGCGGAAGAAAUUUCCACACAGCUAGGCAACAAAAGCGACGAGCGUUAAUUUUAAUAUAACAAAAACCCACACACACAGCAACACACAGAUGGACAAUUUUGUGCUCCACAGUAAACAAGUAACUCUAUAAUCUAUAUUUAAAAUGGAUAUUUUGCGAACUAGCCAAGCGCGCAUUGGAAGCCAGUAUAGAAAAUUGUGCUGAGAGCGGUGGCGAGAAGAACUGAAAAGUUACAAAAUUUUAACCCGCAAUGCGACGUAAUUAGAUGAGAGCGAGUGAGAAGAAAACAAAUCAAUUAAUAACCCUGUGAAAUUGAAGCCAAACGUUUCUCUCUUCCCAUUAAAACUGUAUAAAUUUCAAUAUUGUGUACGUUGUCCUAAAGAGUAAUACUACUGACAGACGAAAAAAUGAACACCUGACUUACGCGUUGAGUUCUCAUUUCAAAUGGUGACAAAUAUAUAAUUAGAUGUCUGUUGUUCCGAAAAAAAUCAUUGCCGAUUUGAAGGACGCGAAAGAGCAAUGCCAUGUAGAAAAAGAAAUGAUAUGCGAUUGUAUGUUCUUAUUUUCUAAUUUAAUGUCGUAUAAAUACCCUAUUAUUUAAAAGAGGCAAAAGAUGGCAGUGAGAAGAGUUAAUUAAUUAUUGUGUACUAGAAUCUGUGUCAUUAAUCUACAAAAAGUGAAAAAAUACACAAGGAAAAAAGAAAUAUAAGCUUCUAUUUGAACUGCAUGUUAAGUUGGGUGGCAAAUUUUCUAAUUUUCUCUGAUGAAUAGCUUUGUGCGAAGAAAUGAAAAAAAAAUGUGGAAAAAAUGUUAUUACAAGUCAUCGCAAGCACGUUUUGUAUAAAGAGAUGAUAACUAUUAUACACGAAUAUAUUAUAUAUCCCGCGUUUUUUGUUGAUUCGUGUAAAUAACAAUUAACUACAAACUUGUUCUUGAUCAUUGCAUUUAGCCGCUUGUGGAAGUUAACUAAGUGAAUAUUUAUUUUGUGAGCGAACCAUAGAAGUUAAGGUGUUACAUUGAACUCGACGUGGAUCUGAAUUUAAAUAUUUAAUGAGAGUUGUGUAAAUCACCGGGCUGGAAAUGCAGCUGUUGGUUUUUGUCGUUUAGUCCCAAAAAGUCGUCUAUUUUUAAUGUCAAAACCAAACCGCGCGUCAAAGAAGGCGGCCAACUGCCGCGGCCAAGAUGAUAAAAGGAUUUCCCGUACCUUUGCGGUUCAAGUUUGGUACGAGAAACCACUUUCACUGAAUGCAUUUUCCACCAGUUUUGUCUUGAUGGAAUCCCUCUCAUGUGUAGCGUUAACAUUUUAAUUGUGUAGACUUAUCAAAAACAAAUUCUCAACUCUGUGAUUAUUGAAAUUUGUAUAAAGCGCUAAUUUUAAGCAUCGAAUCUGUGUUUUUGCGUUUUAGCUGCAAAGAGUGUUGCUUUUUUGCCGCGUCCAGGGGUGCGCAGGACCAAUCAGCGAUCCCCUGAACAUUCGAGUGCCAUUUCGCCAGGAUUUUUCCAGCAGAGUCGAUCCAGGGAUCUGCUCUUUGAAAUAGACCAGAUAUUUUAGGCAACAAGUUGCUUUCUUUCUAGAAUUCAAAACUAUUACAGCAACAAAGAACUCCUUGAUUUUUGUCAGUAUGCUUCCACUUUUCUAUGAUAAAACUACGAUUUAUGUUAAUUGUACGAAUACGCCUUUUGUGUAAAACGUGUAACACAAAUUAACCAAUCACGUAAAAAAUCAUCUCUUGAUUGCCAGUGUUUCUUCUUCAAUCCCAUCGUAUAAAAGUGUCAGAUGAUCAAAUUGUUGAAUUGAUUUAUGAGGUGUGAUAUUACUCCGUUGUUUCGUUUAGUUUCAUUGGCUAGAUGCAUUGAUCAAUAAAAUUUCUUUUUUUAAUGAG